CUGAGACAAACUUGAGAAAGCGAAACCAUCAAUCAUGAGCAUGGAUAGGAUCAGUUUGUUACCGAACUCUAUCCUUUGCGACAUUCUUUCAUACCUCCCAACAAAAGAAGCUGUAUCCACCAGCAUCCUCUCUCGCAGGUGGCGCCAUGUUUGGAAGGAUCUCCAAGUCCUUGACACAGAGGAUAUACCCUUUUUGUCCCCUCGGUUUGAUUCAUAUGUGACUGAUAUUCUAUCUCAGCGCAGUGCAAAUUACCCUAUUAAAAAGUUUCGCCUCACUUGCUAUAAUAGUUCAGAGGAUCUCAUCGUAACAUGGCUUGAUGCCGUCAUUGGUCCCCAUCUCCAGGAACUCUAUCUCUGCUAUAACUGCAUUAAUAUAAUGAAGAGACACAAGUUGCCUGAAUCUAUAUUCACUUGUGUAUCACUCAAAUCCCUUGUUUUGAAACGUUUUUGUCAUUUGAAUUAUGAGUUUCCAAAUGUUUAUCUACCAUCCCUCAAGAACCUAGAGUUCGAAACCGUCUCUGUGGACCCCAGCAAGCUUUUAUCCGGCUGCCCUGUUCUUGAAAAUCUUAAGCUCAUUCUACAGAGCAUAACCCUAGAAGGUUUUCAUGUACCCACAAUUCAGAUGCCUCGCACAUUGAAAAGUUUAACCUUUCAUGAUUUCACUGGCAUGAUGGAAGAGAUUAACGUUCGGGAAAUAUACACUCCAUUUCUUGAAUACCUGCAUAUCAAAACAGUGACCUCGGCGAACUCUAAGCUAGUAUCAGUUAUCAAUUUUCCCAACAUGGUGGAGGCAUAUCUUCAUGUUUGUUCUAAAGAUGGUGAGCAUGUAGGUUGGGUACCCGUGAUUCUCCAGGCACUCCGUGAAACCAAAUUGUUGGCAUUGACAUAUCACACAACGGAGUGCUUAUUUAGUGCUCCGGCUUUCGAGGUUCCAGAAUUUCACCGUUUGCUCAAGCUAGAGGUUGAUUUUUCAUGUUUCAACACAAACUUCCUGCUAAACUUCCUUCAUAAUUGUCAUGUACUUGAAGCUCUUGUAAUUUUUGUUUGGAAGCGAGCAUAUGAUCACCCGGUGGAAUAUAAUGGGCCAAGACCACCAAGCAUGGUUCCCAAUUGUUUGACAUCACAUCUCAGGAGUUUUGAGUUUGGAGGAUAUAGAAACUCUACAGAUGAGCGUGAAUUUAUUGCAUGUCUUUUACAAAGAGGACUUGUUUUGAAAACAGUCACAAUUGAUCCUGAUUCUGAUUUGGACCAAGAGACAAAGUACAAUAUUGUCAAGGGAUUAUCUGCUAUACCGAGGGGCUCUCCAAUAUGUCAGCUUAAUUUCAUUUGACCACAAGCAUGGUUGAUGGCAACUCUACUCUUUGGGCAACUGAUUUUGUUUGAUUGUUUUACGGUUUAUGUACACAAACAUGUUGGCUGCUAUUUGACAAUGUCUUUAGAUUAAAGCACUAUAUAGUAUGUAUUGAGUAUUGACUAUUGUGUAUGAAUUUCUGUUUUUGAAAGAAGUUGGGAUGUUAAGACCAAGUUAUCCAUUG